AAAGUACAUUACUAACAAUGAUUUCAAUUUACUAAUCAUUACGAUGUCGGCACUCAUAUGUCCGACACUUUUUCACGGCUUCUACUCAAUGGCCAAAUGUCUCAUCAAAGAUGAAAGGCUUACCAUUUGUAAUCUCAUGACACAGACAGUGAAAGGGCUUCUAUUGAUCCCGUGGCUGAUCAAGAGUUAUUUAGAUGUGUUGAAGUAUGCAUCGGACAGACUGUGCGUUUGGCGCCCACCUGAUGAUAGUGAACGCAAUCACAUCGACUCUUACCACAAGAAUUCAGAGAUAAUGGGCUUUUUCGAGGAGUUUUACGCCGGUCCCACCGAUAGCGAUUAUAGCCUGUAUAUAAUACCAGUGAUGGUGGCAUUGGGUGCCACUUUAGGGGCUGUUGCCUUUCUAUUUCUGUACAUUCAAAUCAAGCCCAACGACACGGAUAGAGUGGCCCUGUACAAUAUGAGACAGUCAGGGGCCGAGAGCUAUGGCGUUCAAUACGAUUUGUGUGAUCUUGUCUUUCAUAUCCCCGAUGAUCACCAAUUCAAUCAAGAGCUCGAAAAUGUCAGAAAUCUUUAUGCCGGACAUUAA